AAACUUUGUUAUAGCACUGGUUCAAAUGACAUAGUUCAUGCAAAUAAUUAUAUAAUACCAUACAAUAAUAUAUCUAUAAAGCGUGUCUGAUUGUUUUACGUCUUUAAAGAUACGUUUCAAUUUGGUUUGAUAAUAUCAUUGUGACCAUUGUUUUACGGUGUUGAGAUCCGUCAUUAAAUGCGUAUAUUUCAAACACCUUGUACCCCUUCAUUGAAAUACGUAAUCCAUUGUGCAUAACAAAUGUUGGUGCAUAAUGUUUUGGCCGUAGCACCCAUAAUACAAGAUAUAUUGUCCCCGUGUAGUUCAAAAUAUACAAAACAGAAAUUCUUGUUACCGCUUUUAUAACUUCCAUGGUAGAAGGAUAAAUCUCUGGACUAAUGCCUAAGGUCCGUGCGUGGUACAUCGUCAUGAUGCUACUGGUUGUGUGUUUCGAGGUCCUGUUUUUCUCUGCCAACGUGGCUUCACAGGACCCAUGUGACACAAACCAUCCCCUGGUGCCUGACUUAUCCUCACGUGGACCAUCAGAGCAGGACACAAAAGAAAAUGACAACCAUUUAACAGAAAAGUACUACUCGGCCGGAAACAAAUUCGACAUGGCCAUGUCUAUGGAGGCCGGCAAAUUUGCCUGUGGAUCAACUACUCAGUGCUGGAUGAAUGACAAUAUCCCGACAGUAGAGGAAGGUGAGAAGGACACACGGAUUUGCUGUUCAUCUUUGUUUGAAUCCGGAAAUUCUUGUUUUGAAACAUUCACGAUCAAAGUGACGAACUGUGGAGACUACAGACUAUAUUUCCUUCUAGGACUGGGGUCUCGUGCAUCAAGUGGCAGAUAUUGUUUUGCCAUUCAGAGCACGUCAAACGAUCCUGCACCAGAUUUCAUUCCAUCCAAUGUUCAAAUCGUACCACAGCUGAUCCGGAUCGAACAGAAGACAACAACUUCAGCUUUCUAUAUCCACAUUCUGAAAUUUGUGUGCAUCUUCACUGAGAAAAGUGGACUUUUCUAUACUGUUUUCUUUUACGUCAAUGGUAAUUUUAUAUCUGACCACAUUAAGACAGUUGGUGAUACAACAGAGGCAUUCCUUCUGGAGUCUGAACUCCCUUCAGAUGCUAAUACGAUGGGUAUAACUAUUUUCUGUGAGGUUGGAGCAAUGAGUACAAUGGAUGGACAGGUUGGAGCUUUGAGGAAAAGUCCUGAGUUCUUUGCUGGACUAAAGGUAGGCUUCGAUCUACAAUACAUAACUCUAGCGCAAUCCCGUCAAUAACAAUACACAAGUAUAGAAAUGUGUAUUCCCAUAGAUUACUACGCACAAUAUUUCAAUUGUAAAGUCCCU